AUGAAAGGCAUUAAGAAAAGCCUUACAGAAGAAUAUCUGUACUUGGACUUUUCUCACCAAAAAGAAGGGUGCAUCUUUCCUCUUCAUACAUCUGUAACUUUAUUUUUGUUAGCAUACUGUGACUGCACAGUCUUUAAAGUAUUCUUAGUCCUCCCUGGAGAAAGCGCAGUUAUUUCAGUACUUAAAAAUGUACCAUCUGAGGGUGUUGAAAUACAGAUUAUUUCAAGGCAAGAGCUUCCACCAAUAGUCCAGAGUUGCUGUUUACCUGCAAUAGUAGAAAGACCAGACAAUUUCUGUCGAGCAGGACUUGCUGUCGUUCUGAGAUACAUAAUCCAGAAGUCAUAUGAAGCAGACCCCUCAAAGAAGGAAAUUUUGGAACUCCUGGGUUUUAAGAAGACUUGCUUGAAAGCUUGUGCUGAAGUUAGUCAAUGGACCAGGCUAUGUGAACUUACCAUCCCUUUAGCUGUUGAGAAUUUUCUCAAAGAAUCUUUUGAUCAACCCCCAACCAUUCCUGCUGCAAUACUAGAGCUUGAGAAAAAGCUUAGUGAACCUGUUAGAGUGCAUAAUGAUGACAAACUCCGGCGGCAGAAGCUAAAGCAACAGAAGGCUGCUGGGAUUGGACCUUCCCUUGCUAAGGAAAAAACGAAGAGCAAGGGUCAUAGGCAGGAAACAUCUGAAGAGGGGGACUCUUCAUCUGCAAGCCUGGAACUGAAAGUGGCAUUCUCAAAGCUCACAAUACACAAGGAACCCGCUUCUGCCAACAGAGAGCCUUCUCACAUCAGAAAAGCAAAGGCCUCUGACCUGCCACCUCUGGAUCAUGUGUUUGCAGAAGGCCUGUACUUCACUUUGGCAGAUAUUGUGCUCUUGCCCUGUAUCCAUCAUUUUUUGUUGCUAGAAUCUUCUAGUAUACAGAAGAGCAAGCAGAUGGGAGUAUUGACAGUGAAUAGCCAUAGUAAGGUAAUUAUCUGCAGGAAACUUUCUGGAAAGCUGGUAGAAUUUCCACUGCUGGCUGCCUGGUACCAGAGGAUUCAGGAAGUGCCAAGAGUGCAAACAGCAGCUUCUCAGUGUGGGAUCCAAUUUUUCAGUUUACCAGAAUUACAGACCACCUCAAGUCAACAGCCCCCAAACAUAGAUGAGGCCCCAUGUGCAGAGGAGCAAAAUGAUCCUUCGUUUAUUGGAGGACCAAGACCCACUAUGACUAAAUUAAUGGAAAAAGGCAUUGAAGUGAUGUUUUCUCCCCACCCUUGCCCCACUUGGACCCUUGAUUGGGAUACACUUCCUGCAGCAGUGAGCCCAAAGGAAGGUAAAAUGUCCAGUGAUCGAGCUUUGAGGAAGCAGCAACAGUUGAACAACCUUGUUUAUAUGGUGACAAAUCAGGCCAAACCUGGUGACAGAAUUGUGGAUUUCUGUAGUGGUGGGGGCCACGUUGGGAUUGUCCUAGCUCACAUGCUGCCAUCAUGCCAGGUUAUACUAAUAGAAAACAAGGAAUUGUCAUUAAUUCGUGCUAAGAAGAGAAGUGAUGAACUAGGUUUAAGCAACAUUUGGUUUAUUCAAGCAAAUAUGGAGUAUUUUACAGGGAUGUUUAAUAUUGGGGUGGCGCUGCAUGCAUGUGGAGUGGCAACAGACAUGGUGAUCGAACACUGCCUCAAAACACGGGCUUCCUUUGUCACAUGCCCUUGCUGUUACGGUUUCAUUCAGAACACCUCCAAUUUUAAUUUUCCAAAAAGUGAACAAUUCAAGAAAACAUUAUCAUACAAGGAACACAUGAUUCUAUGCAGAUUUGCAGACCAGACAGCUGUCCAGCUGCCACCCCAGCGAAGGCUCAUAGGAAAACAGUGCAUGUUCCUGGUGGAUCUGGAUCGAGCAAGAGCUGCAGAAGAACAUGGCUUCUCCGUUCAAGUGAUAUCCAUGGAGCCAGAGAGCUGCUCUCCCAAAAAUAACAUGAUCGUGGGAGUCCCCAUUUAG